AUGGCCUGUUCGAUCGGCUCCGAAAUCGUCGUCUACUUCUUCGUGCCCGAAACGCGUGGACGGCCCGUGGAGGAGAUGGGCGGGUUGUUUGACAACAAAGUGGUAUUCUGCACCGGCGGAUCCGGCAGCAUCUGCUCCGGCCAAGUGCGGGCUCUCGUCGCCUUGGGCGCCAACGCCUGCAUCGUCGGCCGCAACCACGACAAGGCGAAAAAGGUCGCUGCGGAUAUUGCGCUCGUGCGGCCAGGGAGCACGGUGCUGGGUCUCGGCGGGGUGGAUGUCAGGAACUAUGAGAGCGUGAAAGGGGCGGUCGAGACUUGUGUGCAACGCUUGGGCAGCAUUGAUUUUGUCAUAGCCGGAGCAGCAGGCAAUUUCGUCUCGACCAUCGAUGAUCUCUCUGUGAACGCUUUCAAGGCGGUCGUCGACAUCGAUCUGGUAGGCUCUUUCAUCACGGCGAAAUCGACUCUGCCGCACCUCGCUGCUUCUGCGGAACGAGCCAGAGCCACCAAGGAUUCUUCAGAAUCUCCCAGCCUGACUGGUGGCCGCAUCAUCUUCGUCAGCUCGACCAACUACCAGUGUGCGCGUAUCGCCCAGGCUCACGUCUGCGCAGCCAAGGCCGGCGUUAACGCUCUCUCGGACUGUAUCUCGCUCGAGUACGGGCCUAGGGGAGUGACCUCGAACGUCAUUGCCCCGGGCCUGAUCGACGACACCGAGGGCGCUAAGCGGUUGACCGAUCCGGCCCGGAGGGACGAACUCAUUAGGAGUGUCCCUGUGCAACGGCUGGGGCUGAUCAAGGACAUUUCGGACGCGACCAUCUUCCUGUUUGCAGACACGGGGAACUUUGUCAAUGGCGCUACGAUCGACGUCGAUGGCGGCGCCUGGCGCAUCAGGGCGUCCGGUGCUGGGCCCGAUUAUCCAAAUCUGCCCUCGCGGAAUGCACAGCGAGCGACAACAUCUGGCGUGAGCUCGAAAAUAUAA